AUGGAGACUCUUAAGGGACACCAGCCAUUGGGCUUCCUCUGCCUUGUCUUGCUGUUAGGGGGGCUAACUCCCUCUAGUGUUGCUCAGUACAAUUGGUGGCUUUUUGCAAAUCCGAAGGCUAUGACCACACCUGCUAUGAUUUCCCAAGAGGCAAAAACUGAUGUGAAACAGUUUUCUGUGGCUACAGUUCCGAGUAGUUCCAUUCCUCAUAACACACCAGAUACAACUGCAAAAGAAGUUCCCACUACUGAACAAAUCCUGGAUUUGGCAACUUCAUCUAGUAUAACAAAGGAAGACGCUUUUGAUGAUAACCUUCCUGUUUCAACCUUCUUUGAGGGCAGUGCUAUGGAAGAAGGCUCUGAAUUCCUAAUGGUCCAGGAAGGUUCAAAAAGCUUGACAACGUCAGAUUACCAAUCCAUGAUCACUGGGGACACUAAAAUGACGCAGACAACCUCAAAAGUCCUCAUGACUUCAGUUCAGCAAUCCACUAUCACAGGCGAUUCUAUGGUAACACCAAUUAAUAAUAUUUCACAGUGUGUCUGUCCAGCAAUACCUGGUCCACCUGGUCCAAAGGGACCAAAAGGUGACCAGGGUCCCCCAGGACAAAAAGGACUAACUGGAAAAAUUGGACCAACUGCCAAACCUGGCAAUCCUGGCCUUCCAGGACCUCAGGGACUACCAGGACCAGUAGGUCCCCCAGGUCCCCCAGGUUCAACUCUUCCUAAAGUAAUAGACUUCACUGAUACCAGGGAUGGAGAAGACAAGAGAGUCAGUUUUGUAGAAGGGCCUCCUGGUCCACCAGGUAUAUCUGGUCAUCCAGGACCCCAAGGAUACCCAGGACCUGAAGGCCCUCAAGGUCCCGCUGGCCUCCCAGGACAUGAAGGCCAGCAGGGGGCUCCAGGGCUUCCAGGGGCUCCAGGACAACCUGGUCCUCCAGGAGCCACAGGAGCCACAGGGAUUCCAGGGCCAGUGGGGUCAGAGGGUCCUCCAGGAGUCACCGGCCCUGAAGGUCAUGCAGGAAUUCCAGGCCAGAUUGGGUCACCAGGAUUACCAGGCUUCCCUGGACCAGAAGGUCCUCCAGGAAUAAAUGGAUCUCCCGGACAGAAUGGACCAAAGGGGGAGAAAGGAGACCGUGGUGAGCCUGGGUUGCCAGGCAAACCAGGACAGACUGGAGAAAAGGGAGCUCAGGGUCCACCUGGGCCUGCAGGUCCUCCUGGCUUACCUGGUGAUAAUGAAUAUAAUUCUAAAGCCUGUGUUCAAGGCCCUCCUGGUCCUAAGGGUGAAAAAGGAGAACCAGGAAAAAUGGAAUGUAGCACAUGUGGCAAGGAUGCAAGAAAUGACAUUGAUUCUUGGGUAGCUUUCAUCUACCAAAAGGGACGUCCAGGCCUCCCAGGAAACCCUGGCCCUCCAGGCCCUCCAGGCCCACCCGGUGUACUUUAUAUAAAUAGAGUAUACCCAGUCCGACCCAGGCCACAUUGCAAGCAGCCGGUGAACCAGGAUCCAUGUUUUGAUUCAGAUAUAGAACCACCUAUGAAGGAUUCUCCUGACAAAAGCCAGAAUGGAUAUAAGCAUCCCACUUGGACCUUCGGUUCAAAAGAACUCAUGUUGAAAUCUGCUUCCUCCAUUCCUGAAGGCAGUUUGGUCUACAUCACUGAAGAGGCUGAAGCUUUCUUCAAGACCCCUAAAGGAUGGAAAAAAAUUCUGAUGGAGGAUUCUGCACUUCUAUUUGCAGCUGAUGACCCUUUGGUGCCUAUGGAAAAUAAUCAGGUUCAGCUUGAUGAAAGAAACGUAACAAUUCCGACAAUUGUACCAACAAGCAUCCCCCAGAGGAUUCCUUCACUCCGCCUAGUAGCACUAAACUUCCCUUUGACUGGUAAUAUGGGAGGGAUUAGUGGAGUGGACCUACAGUGCCAUCGGCAGGCCCAACAGGCAAAUCUGCAAGGAACUUUCCGAGCCUUCCUAUCCGGAAAUACACAAAGCCUUAUCUCAGUUGUGAAGAGAACAGACAGGAAUUUGCCACUUGUUAACCUGAAGGGUCAGCUAUUGGCAAAGAGCUGGAAUUCCCUCUUCACUAUGCAUGGAAAUUCUGAUUUCAACCCCAUGGAGAACCCCAUCUAUGCAUUCAAUGGGCUGAAUGUCAUGACCGACCCUACAUGGACCUACAAAGCUGUCUGGCAUGGCUUCGCAUUUCAAAUAAACCACUCCCAAAUUCGAGACUGUGAAAACUGGAGAAAAGCAUCCAAAUAUUUAAGAGGACAGGCCUCUAUUCCGCUUAAGGACAUAUUCCUCCUGGAGACCAGCUGGAGAUGCUCAGAUCUCCUGGUAGUUUUGUGUGUGGAAAAUUCUUUUGGUGUUAGCACCUAGAAGGAAUAUAUUAUUAGUCUGGCAGGGAACAAAAGAAGGUCUUAGUUACCAUCGAGGUUGGAACAGAUUGAAUGAAAGAGGCCCAUGC